GCAACGGUUAAAAUGUGGCCCCAAUUGCAAGCCUUCGGAGCAUUUCAAGCGGAAAAACUCCGCUUUCUCUUCAGCUUGGUUGGAAUUGAAAUUAGGGGCUGAAAGCUGACAGCACACGGACCACAUGCCUCAAACAACCACCGUUUGCUGCCCCACUAUCGUUCAAAUCCUACCCAACCCUACCACCACCACCACCACCACCACCACCACCAGGACGACCUCAGCUGAAAGAGACUCACAUUCCGGGAAACUGUAGUAAGAGACAUUGAUAUCAUUCGCUGCUUCACGUGAGCAAUUUUGGAACCCGGUACAGUCAGCUGCUGUUUGGGCAUAACCAACAUAUAUCAGAUCCCCACCACCAGUCUGAACCAUGGCCUUUUCAUUCUCGUUCGCCGGCGAUGAUAUAGAAGACGAUGGUCGUCCGCUCACCCCUCCACCCCAAGUCAAGAAGUCAGCUGUGGCCUCGCCCGCGGGGGCUGGUGCAUUUCCAGUUCAGGGCAAGUCCCAAUUACCACCAGCCAGCCAUGAUCUCGAGGACAUGCUUUCGAAGCUACCCUCCAAGAUAGCCUUCAACCUGCUCGGUGUCGAUCUUCAGGAUGGUAGCACACUCCAAAUACCAAGGCGUGAGCUCUGGGAUGUGCGGGCUCAGCUGAUGGCUGAGGAUGAUGGGGAAAACCCAUCUGAGUCAGAGGCUGGUCUUGGGGAGCACGACGUCAAGACGGGCAUUUAUGAGGGUGGCUUCAAGAGCUGGGAGAGCAGUGUUGAUAUGGUCAAGGUCUUGGCAUCGGAAAAGCCGGCCGAUUUUUUGAAUCAAGAGCCGUGUGUCUUGAUCGAGCUCGGCUGCGGCACGGCCUUGCCCUCUCUCGCACUCUUUCACUGGGCCUUGAGCGAAAGAAAGUCACAACCGAGACACCCGUUGGUGCUCACGCUUGCAGACUAUAACCCCUCUGUGCUCUAUCUGGUGACGUUGCCCAAUCUCAUCUUGGCCUGGGCUCUUCAGCAACGAAGCCGAGUAGCGCUCGUCGAAGAGGCUUUUACACCCGACGGAGAACUCGAUCUGACACCGGAGGUUAUCGCUGCUUUCAAGGACUCUCUGGUUUCCAACCAGAUCACUUUGAGAUUUCUUUCUGGUGCUUGGUCACCAGAGUUUGUGGAUAUUCUCUACAGCUCACCGAAUGCCCCAAGUCUUGCGGACAAUACCAAGACUCUUGUGCUUGGUUCGGAGACUAUUUACUCUCCUUUUGCCCUUGAUAGAUUCGGCGAGACUCUUCUUCUGAUUCUUGAGCGAGAGCGGAAAGACAGACCAAGCGGUUCUGCCAGAGCUGUCAUUGGCGCAAAGAAGCUUUACUUUGGCGUUGGAGGCUCGCUGGAUGAUUUUGUAGAAAAGAUGAGGGGCCUUGGGACAACAGUGAACAACCUGUUUGAGGAACGCACUGGUGUUGUCAGAGGCGUCGUCGACUGCCAGCUCUCAUGA